AUGUCUACUUCCCUUGACCAACUCAAAUCCACCGGCACUGUCGUUGUCUCUGACACCGGCGAUUUCGAGGCCAUCUCCGUAUACAAGCCCCAGGAUGCAACCACUAAUCCAUCUCUAAUUCUUGCGGCUGCUGGAAAGCCCGCCUACGCAAAAGUCAUCGACGCGGCCGUCGCCGAGGCAAAGAAGUCAGGCGCGUCUGGAGACGAACUUGUUGAGCACGCAACCGACAACGUCCUUGUUGCUUUCGGUACCGAGAUUCUCAAGAUCGUGCCUGGACGUGUUUCUACCGAAGUCGAUGCACGCUUGUCGUUUGACAAGGAAGCCACCAUUGCCAAGGCCAAGCAGUUGAUUAAGCUUUACGCUGAGAAAUUAGGCGACGAGGAAACAGCCAAGAAGCGUGUCCUCAUCAAGAUUGCGUCGACAUGGGAGGGCAUCCAGGCUGCUCGCCAGCUCGAAAAGGAGGGAAUCCACUGCAACCUUACUCUGUUGUUCGGAUUCGGUCAGGCAGUUGCUUGCGCCGAGGCUGGCGUAACUCUCAUCUCUCCUUUCGUCGGACGUAUUCUUGACUGGUACAAGAAGAGCACCGGAAAGGACUACCAGGGGCAGGAAGAUCCCGGUGUCCAAUCCGUCACCAAAAUCUUCAACUAUUACAAGCAACACGGCUACAACACCAUUGUCAUGGGAGCCUCUUUCCGCAACACCGGAGAGAUCAAGGCCCUUGCUGGCGUUGACUUCCUUACCAUCUCACCUAACCUUCUCGAGGAGCUGCGCAACUCCACGGACCCGGUACCCCAAGUUCUCGUUGCCGAGACUGCCGCACAAGGCGCGCCCAUUGCCAAAGUCUCGUUUGUCGACAACGAGCCCGAGUUCCGCUGGUCCCUCCUGGCUGAUCAGAUGGCAUUUGAGAAGCUGCAUGAGGGUAUUCGCAAGUUUGCUGAAGACGGCGAGACCCUCAAGGAUGUCCUCAGAAAGAAGCUUGCAGCAUAG